AAUAUUUUUUUGUUUUGUUUUAUUUUCAGAUCAUUUUUAUUUUGAAGCUUAGAAACCAUCCACAUAGCUAGUUUUUUUUUUAUUUUAAUUUGUUUUUCAUACUUUUGUUGGCAUUAUUUAACCUAUUUUAUUUUUAGGUCCCGCUCCUAAUCAUCAUCAUCAUUGCUUAUUUGACCGACCAGUCAUCGCUUUUUUUGUUAGCAACAAAAUGCUGAAAACAAACAGAUCUUUUAUGCAUAUCAGCCAAACUUUUGGGUUUUCAAUAAAAAUGUUUCAGAUCUUAGCAAAAAAGUCAUCAAUCAAAUAAAAGAUCAAAAAAACUCCAUAAUGGAACAUCAUCGAAAUGUGAAUAAUCGUCACUCAAUAAAUGGCAUGGAAGCAAUGUCAGCUGCUAACCAAAUCAAUGGAAAUAAAAAACGUUUUUCCGUGUCCGAUGUCUCUGACAUGUUAUAUGAAUUCUAUCGAGCAAACUCAGCUGCCAAAGCACCAAAGACUGAAAAUACUGAUAAAUCAUUUCGUCAGAAAUCACCAUCCUCAGCUGAUGCAGCUGCUGGUGGAAAAUCUGGCAGCAUGCAAUCGGGAAUGCCCAAUGAGCCUCAAACAUCAAAUACAUCAACGGCUUCAAAAAACUCGAAUGGUGAUGAAAUGACAAACACCAACAAUAAAAUCGGAACUACCAAGAGUUCCAUUUCCGUCAGGAAGAACACUUCGUCAUUUCAUCCAAGAGUCAAAUACUCAAGUGUGGUAAAUAAGUCAAGUGCAGCAGCUGCAGCUGCGGCCGCAGCUGCUCUAGCCAAUAUGGAGAAUACUCCUGCAGCUAUACCGACAUCGGUGGUUGUGCCACCGCCAGAUAUCAAGCCUAUUCUUCCAAUUCCAGCUUCGGUAAUCAAAGCGCCAAUAGUUGGUGGUGCUACUGCUGCUCCAGCUGCUGCAGCAAUAGCUGCUGCUCUACUCCGCGAUGGUUAUCAUAAUUUUCAGCAGCAAUUGAGGAAUCAAGAUAUCUUCAAACAGCAAUCGAAUUUGGUGCCUUUGGCUCAUAAUAACCAAUCUGGUGGAAGUGUCCAGCCGAUUAGUGGACAAAGCAAAUCACUAACCUUUGAUAGCUUUGAUCGCAAAGAGAAUCGGUUCUCGGAAAACGAUAACGACAGUAAUUCGGAAUUCGAUGAAGAUGACGACGAUGAUGAUGACGAUGAUGGUCGUUAUUCUGGCUUCGAUGAUAUCCAUCUGAUCGAAGGAUCGAAAUCUUCCUUUAACAAUCAUCCCAAUGCAACAAUGCCAUGUCUGUCCACCGACUACAUGUCUGAUGAAUCUCAAAAACUAAUGAUGGCCGCUCAGGCGCAAGCCCUAAGACAUUUAGAAUACUCAUUGAGCGACUAUGGUGGCACGAAUCCGAAUGAGGAGGCAAAUUAUCAGUGUCGCCAUUGUGGCAAGAAAUACCGCUGGAAGUCAACUCUGCGUCGUCAUGAAAAUGUCGAAUGUGGUGGCAAGGAACCAGCUCACCAGUGUCCCUAUUGUGCCUACAAGUCCAAACAACGUGGUAAUUUAGGUGUUCAUGUGCGUAAGCAUCAUUCGAAUUUGCCACAAUUGGCAAGUAAAAGACGUUCAAAAUACUCCCAGCAGCGUGAGGUAAAAAUUGAGAAAACUGAAAAAGCUUUUUAAAAAAAGCUUUUAUGAGCGUAACUGUGAAGCUUACAUAAAGCUUCGUUUGUAACAAAAAGCUUGUAUUGAGAUAACACAGCUAUUAAAAAAAAAGAGAUUUAUUUUAUAAUUUAGAUCUUAAGAACUGCUACAAUUGAAAUAGCAAAGAUUACAAAAACUUAAGGACUUUUAUUUUAUAUACCUAUGUAUGUAAUGUAUUCGUAAGAUUUUAUAUAUAUUUUUUGUUUUGUUUAAUUAAUUUACCGACUGAAGGAUUUUCUUGGAAUUUAUAUACACACUUUUAUAUUAUUUUAUUAUUUUUAUAACCUACCCAUGAAAAAAAAAAUCCAAAUGUGCUGAAUAUUGUGUAUUGUUCAAACCAAAUCUUCUAAAUGCUCGCCAUAAUUUUUGUAUUAAUUAAUUUUUUUUUUGUAUUAAAUUUAAAUUUAAGUAAAUGUAAAUCAUGUUUCGUGGUAAAUUAAAAAAAAAAAAAAACAAUUGAAUAAAUAAAUUUGAUUUAAGCAACUAAUUGGUGAUAAAAUCAAAACAAAAAAAAAAUGUUUAGAAAAUUAUUCCAAAAUAUUAUUUAUUCCUUAAAAACAAAAAAGUAUUCCCUUAUACCUUAACUUAAAAAAAAAAAUCCAUUUUACCCUGAUCUCUCUUUAUUAUAAUGCUUCAGCUGACUGAUUUUUUAAAAGAACACUUACAAUUUA